AUGGCAGGUACGAGGAGCCGCAGGUUCAAGAUGAUCCUCCUGGGGGACUUUGGGGUGGGGAAGACCACGCUCUUUCAUCGGAUCAAGCUGGGGCGUUUCCUGGAGGGAGACCACCCGCCCGGCCAGCACAGCUACACGUGCGAGAAAACCCUGCCCCUGAAGCUCAACAGCAGGAACUGCCAGGUCCAGGUAAGGGCCUGCUUCCUGGGCAGCUCAUUUGGUUGGUGGCUUGCCUGUGGAACUCCCUGCCUCAUGAAAGGGGAAAAGGGAGAGGGAGAAGCAACAGGGUCUAUGCACCUUCGUAAGCUCACUUGGGUGCUUGGGCUUAUAGAGGGUGGGAGUUGAUGGCUUGGUCCCUCUUACGAUUCUGAGAGGGGCAGGGGCUCAAUUUCCUGGGGGCCAUAUUGCUUGCUGUGGAAGCUGAGAUUCUCCUGCAUGCUGCUCUGUGUUCCCCUCUCUCCUCAGAAAGGAGGAGGAGGAGGGCUGUUUUUGUCAUGGAGGACGGGGAUAUAGGGUCUUGUGACCCAUGUGUGUGUGGGGGGGUGAAUAAUAAAAGAACCGGCUGGGUGUGCCUAGAUUCAGAAUUUGGGGCUUAACACACUCUCCAGUGGGAGGGAGCCCCCAGCAGCAGAGUUUAAACUCACAAAUUGGACACCCUUCCAGCUUGAUAAAUGCAAUGAUUCUACGAAUUAAACCUUUUGCAUAUCCUGUUUAGUCCACUUGCAAAGCGCCCCUCUCUUUCCACCCUUCUUGCAAUGAACAGACCACACACUAUUUAGUAACUUUAAAAUGGUUUACUUACAAAACAUUCCAAAGGUCCGAUUCAUGCAUUUAUCCAAGCAGCAGCAAGGAGAACGCAGGCAGAAUCCUCUAGGGUAGAAAAUACAGAAGAUAAUUCCAAACGCAGGUUCAAAGCUUUGGAGAUGGCUUCGAUGCAUCCCACCUGGUGGGUUACAUGGUGUGGAGAAAAAGGGAGGCACAGGAAGAGAAGGCUUAACUUCUUCACUCGUCAGAGAAGAGGGGCAUGACCUAACUGCGUCUAGGAACACAGCUCUAUUGUCUUAACCCCUUCAUGUACUAACUAGUACUCAUGUAUGUUUGACUGCAAUUUUCCACAUUUAUGGCACCCAACUUUUCGAACUCCCAGCAUUGAAGUCCUGAAUAAAUCCUAGCACUGACAGGUGAAGGUCUCCUUCUGUGAUUCCUGCAUUGCAGAGUGUUGGACUAGAUGACGCUUUCAGAUCUACAGUUCUAUGAUUCUGUUUCCCACACUUCACAAGCACGCCCCAGGCCAAUUCGAAAUUCAGAAUUAGAAACAGUGAAAGCAAAUUGCUGUUACAGGAAUUGGGUGGGUGCCUGAAAACACACUUCUCAGGUGUCAAAGAUCAGGGCAGAGAGGUUUAUCUUCAGCAUUUGCUGAAAGCUGCAUAAGAAAAGUGCCAGGCACGCCAUGUGGGGAAUUCCACAACCCAUGAGCUGCCACAGAGACUCCCUUUUACGAUACGAUAAUCUUUAUUGUCAUUGUCCCAUACAGAACAACAAAAUUGAAAAAGUCUACAUCAGACAUUCAAAACCAACAAGCCUGCUAUCCCAGCUAUCCCAGCCUGGUUAGCCCCCUAAAAACUCUAAUACCCCAUAAUUAAAUACAAUAUACUCACAUAAAGACUACCUUAAGGUAAAGGGACCCCUGCCCAUUAGGUCCAGUUGUGGCCGACUCUGGGGUUGCGGCGCUCAUCUCACUUUACAGGCCGAGGGAGCCGACAUGCAGCUUCCGGGUCAUGUGGCCAGCAUGACUAAGCCGCUUCUGGCGAACCAGAGCAGCGCACGGAAACGCCGUUUACCUUCCCACUGGAUCGGUACUUAUUUAUCUACUUGCACUUUGACGUGCUUUCAAACUGCUAGGUUGGCAGGAGCAGGGACUGAGCAACGGGAGCUCACCCCGUCGCGGGGAUUCGAACAGCCGGCCUUCUGAUCGGCAAGUUCUAGGCUCUGGGGUUUAACCCACAGCGCCACCCGUGUCCCUAGACCCUACCUGACUAGGCCAUCACAAAAACCCAGAUGAAUCCCCCUCUAGGUUCCAGUCAGUCUCUCAUAAGUUUCCUGCAGCAGGGAGUUCCCCUGUUCGGCGCUCUAACCACCUGCUCUUUCGACCUGCGCAGAUUUCCCUGUGGGACACGGCUGGGGAGGAGCGCUUCCUGUCCCUGAGCAGGAGCUACUACCGGGACGCGGAUGCUGUGCUCCUCGUGUACAGCCUGCAACACCUCCUCUCCUUUGACAGCCUCUUGCACUGGCUGUACCUGGCCAGGCAAUACUGUGCAGAUGGUGAGUGAGAGGGCAAGGGGGAAAAGGAAGAGUCCCGGGGUACGGAGGGGUCGGUUGCCACUUUCCCCUCUCCGCCUCUGUGCCUGCACCUUUAUCAGCAGCCUGACACGCAGAUGCAGAAUCAUAGGGUUGCAGAGCUAGAUGGGACCCCAGGGUAUCACAGUCCGGUUCACAGGCAAUUGAAGUCCCAUCUGGGGACGUCAGGACCGGGGGCAAGAUGGCGGGGUGGGAGCAGGAACGGGAGUCUAGAAGCCAGGGGUCAGGAAGCCAAGACUCCGAGGUUCAGAGAGCCGGGAGUCAAGAAGCAGAGGGUCCGAGGGUCAGGAAGCAAGGAGUCAUGAAGUCAGGGGUCCGAGGGCCGAGAAGCAAGGAGUCACGAAGUCAGGGGUUCAAGGGUCGAGAAGCAAGGAGUCACGAAGUCAGGGGUCCGAGGGCCGAGAAGCAAGGAGUCACAAAGUCAGGGGUCUGCGGGUCGAGAAGCAAGGAGUCACGAAGUCAGGGGUUCAAGGGUCAAGAAGCAAGGAGUCACGAAGUCAGGGGUCCGAGGGUCAGGAAGCAAGGAGUCACAAAGUCAGGGGUCCGAGGGCCGAGAAGCAAGGAGUCACAAAGUCAGGGGUCCGAGGGUCAGGAAGCAAGGAGUCACGAAGUCAGGGGUCCGAGGGUCGAGAAGCAAGGAGUCAUGAAGUCAGGGGUCCGAGGGUUGAGAAGCAAGGAGUCACGAAGUCAAACGCAGCAAGGCAGGAAACGUGUUGCUGUGGCAACGAGCCGAAGGGAAAAUGCUGACCUUAUAUCCCUUCCCGGCUCUUGCCACCAGGUACUGUGAGUUACCAAUUGGAUUCACCUGUGUGGCUGCGCCUUGCCGCUCCAGAACAAACUUAGGAAGGCCCCAGUCCUGCAAAGUCCUAUUGGUCACAGGGCAACCUGAAGGCCCAAAUUUGGGAAACCCUGCCCUAGUUAAUCCCACUGACCUCCAGGAGGCAGUAUUGGCCACUCUGAGAAGCAUUGUCCUAAAUCAGGCAUAGGCAAACUCGGCCCUCCAGAUGUUUUGAGACUACAAUUCCCACCAUCCCUGACCACUAGUCCUGUUAGCUCGGGUUGAUGGGAGUUGUGGUCCGAAAACAUCUGGAGGGCUGAGUUUGCCUAUGCCUGCCCUAAAUCACGAGAGCAAGGGAAAGAAAAUUAAUAUAUAUUUUGGGGUAUAGUAUAUCACUAUAACAGUUAACAAUUACAAUCCCAUAUAUACCUAUCUAAUAUUAUCCAAACUGAUAUAUCGUUAUUUCUGAUACACUUAUAUAACUCUCGCUUUUUUAACCUACUGUGUUCCAAAUUUCGUUAUCCUUGUCCCUGCAUAGUCUAUAUCAAUAAGCAGCCUGCUCCUAGGUGGCAAGUGUAGUUGGGUAUCUUCAGCCCACUGAAUGAAUGGAGCCUUACAUUUCUCUUUCCAGUGCAGCAAUAUGACUCUUUUGGCCAUAGUGAGGGCACAGAGAAUCCAUUUAUGUUCUCCAGUUGUCAAAUUCCGUCUAGAAGGUAUGCAGUUGAAAAGAACAGUAAUCUCUGAAAAUUUCAGCUUUUUCACAGUCAUAUAAUCCACUACUUUCUCCCAAAUCUUAAUAAGUAUAAGACAUUGUAAAAACAUGAGUUUUAAAGAAGCAUUAUCCUUUUUACAUCCCCAACAAAAUGCAGUCUUAGGCAGUCCUUUUCUAUACAAACAUAGUGGAGUUCAAUAAAUUCAAAGUAUUAUUUUCUUUUGUAUAAGCCAUAAUUUAAGGUCCAUUUACUUAUGCUAUAAAAGGGACGUGGGUGGCGCUGUGGGUUAAACCACAGAGCCUAGGACUUGCCAACCAGAAGGUCAGCGGUUCGAGUCCCCGCGAUGGGGUGAGCUCCCGUUGCUCGGUCCCUGCUCCUGCCAACCUAGCAGUGCGAAAGCACACCAGGGCAAGUAGAUAAAUAGGUACCGCUCCGGCGGGAAGGUAAACAGCGUUUCUGUCCGCUGCUCUGGUUCACCAGAAGCGGUUUAGUCAUGCUGGCCACAUGACCCGGAAGCUGUACGCCGGCUCCCUCGGCCAGUAAAGCGAGAUGAGCACCGCAACCCCAGAGUCAGCCACAACUGGACCUAAUAGUCAGGGGUCCCUUUACCUUACCUAUGCUAUAGAAAUGAAAACACUCUCCCAUUGUCUCGGCAACACAGCAACCACAAGUUCUUUUUUCCAAUCAUUUCUUAACAUCUGCCUAUCAAAUUGAUAAUGAAUAUCUAUAAAAAAGUAAUUGUGGGCGGUGUUUUUUGUUGUUGAAAUGAAUUUAACCAGUAGUAUCUCAGGAGUCUCAGAAGCUGAAAACGCUGCUGGCCCAAACAAAAUUGUUAACAAAUGUUGGAGCUGCAAAUAUCCUUCCUAUCGUACAUGAACUGGCCGCCUCCUGCCCUGCCAGCGGCUCAGAGCCUUUAGCCCCAGCACCUGUUCUCAGAUCUUCCUGUUCUUUCUCCCUUGCCCCCGCCAAGCCAAUCUCUUCCUCCUGGGCAACAAGAGUGACCUGGAGAGCUGCGUCCCCGAAGAAAAGGCUGAGAAGUUUGCGGUGGAGCACGGUGCAUCCGGCAGGUUCAAAGUGUCGGCCAAGACAGGUAAGGGGGGGGGUCGCCUCGUCUUUCCGGCUGAACUGAGAGAGAGGGUGAUGCAAGUGAGGUUGGUAUAAAGAGCAGGGCAGUAAUUCCACUGACCCACCAACCACAGAAGAAGCGGGAAGGGGCUUGAAACGGGGGACGGCGGUGGACUUUCAGGGGCUGCAUUCUUUUCAGGACAACAUUGCAAGGGUCACAGGCUUGGGAACAGCAGCUGAGGCCAGGGAUAAUGAUGAUGAUGAUGAUGAUGAUAAUAAUAAUAAUAAUAAUAAUAAUAAUAAUAAUAAUAAUAAUAAUUUAUUUGUACCCCACCCAUCUGGCUGGGCUUCCCCAGCCACUCUGGACGGCUUCCAACAAAGACCAAAAAUACACUAAGAUGUCACACAUUAAAAACUUCCCUGAACAGGGCUGCCUUCAGAUGUCUUCAAAAUGUCAGGUAGUUGUUUAUCUGUCUGACAUCUGGUGGGAGGGAGUUCCACAGGGCGGGUGCCAAUACCGAGAAGGCCCUCUGCCUGGUUCCCUGUAGCUUUGCUUCUUGCAGGGAGGGAACCGCCAGAAGGCCCUCAGCACUGGACCUCAGUGUCCGGGGAGAACAAUGGGGGUGGAGACGCUCCUUCAGGUAUACUGGGCCUUUGAGGCCAUUUAGGGCUUUCAAGGUCAGCACCAACACUUUGAAUUGUGCUCGGAAACAUACUGGGAGCCAAUGCAGAUUUCUCAGGACCGGUGUUAUGUGGUCCCGGCGGCCACCCCCAGUCACCAGUCUAGCUGCCGCAUUCUGGAUUAGUUGUAGCUUCUGGGUCACCUUCAAAGGUAGCCCCACGUAGAGCGCGUUGCAGUAGUCCAAGCGGGAGAUAACUAGAGUAUGCAUCACUCUGGUGUGGGAGCUGACUGUUGGAUGAUUCAGUACAGGUAAAAGACAUUAUUUCUCCACCUGGUGCAGAGUUAAACCAUGGAACUCCCUCCCACAGGAGGAGGCAGUGAUGCCCACCAAUGUGGGCAGCUGUAAAAGAAGGUUAGAUGAAUUCGUUGAGGAGGGGGAGGAGAGGGCUACUAAUGUCUACUAGCCAGCACAGGUGCCAACUCCCUGGGUGCCCAAGCACCCACAAGAUUCCUCAUGAAGGGGCCAGGCACCAACCAAUUUUGUUGCCAGGGCCAGGCACACUGCACAGCACCCAUGGCCCUAGACACCCGUGGUUGCUGGGCCAAGUUGGCCCUCCUGCUAGCCAGGAUGGCUCUGCUUUUUCUCCGCAGUUAGCGACAGCCAUGCUUCUGAAGACUAGUUGCUGGAGGCCACAGGAGGCAAGAGUUGUUCUUGUGCUUGGAACCUGCUUGUUGGAUCUGGCCACCGUGAGGCUACUAUGCUGGACGGGCCUGAUCCAGCAGGCAAUUAUUAUUAUUAUUAUUAUUAUUAUUAUUAUUAUUAUUAUUAUUAAUUUGUACUGGGAGCCAGUGUAGGUCUUUCAAGACUGGUGUUAUGUGGUCUCAGCGGCCGCUCCCAGUCACCAGUCUAGCUGCCGCAUUCUGGAUUAAUUGCAGUUUCUGGGUCACCUUCAAAGGUAGCCCCAUGUAGAGCGUAUUGCAGUAGUCCAAGCGGGAGAUAACCAGAGCAUGCACCACUCUGGCAAGACAGUCUGCGGGCAGGGAGGGUCUCAUCCUGCGUACCAGAUGAAGCUGAUAAACAGCUGCCCUGGACACAGAAUGGACCUGCGCCUCCAUGGACAGCUGUGAGUCCAAAAUGACAACAGGCUGCGCACCUGGUCCUUCAGGGGCACAGUUGCCCCAUUCAGGACCAGGGAGUCCCCCACACCCGCCUGCCUCCUGUCCCCCCAAAACAGUACUGUCUUGUCAGGAUUCAACCUCAAUCCAUUAGCCGCCAUCCAUCCUCCAACCGUCUCCAGACACUCACACAGAACCUUCACUGCCUUCACUGGUUGUGAUUUGAAAGAGAGGUAGAGCUGGGUGUCAUCUGAUGAUGAUCUCUUCCAGUGGCUGCAUGUAGAUGUUAAAAAGCAUGUUCUUAUGGAGGGGAUAUGGCCUAGGGAGAGUCUCAGAACCCAGCUAGAGAGUCCUGGAAGUCCAAAAGAAGCGAGUACCGUGGUGAAAUUUACUUUUGCAGCUCUGCGCACUUUUGCGUCUGGCAAUUGUCUGGCUGCUUCUCUUUGACGCCUCCCAGAGCUUUCCAUUUACAGCAGCUUUCUGCUUCCACAUCUGCUGAGGCUCCCCUUCCUUCCUUCCUUCCUUCCUUCCCCAGGUUCUUUAGCUUCUUACUCUGCUGAUGGGCGGGCGUUUCCGAAGAUGCCGAGUCAGCCUCCUAAAAUCGUCACCGAGAGUCAGCAUAACUUCCCCAGGCAGCUGGCACAAAAUGACACAGAGAGCAGGCUGCGCUUGGCAUCCUCCUGAGUCCACCGUGUCUGAUCUGCUCUUUGCCGAAGUGGGCGAGGUUAGCAGGGCCCAAAUGAACAGGUUAAUUAUGGAAGCAUAGAAUUCUAGAGCUGGAAAGGACCUCCAAUGGUCAAAAGUGUUUUAAAUUUGUUGUUAGCCACCCUGAGCCCUGUUUUCUGAACCAGGAAGGGCGGGGUAUAAAUAAAAAAUUAUUAUUUAUUUUUAUUAUUAUCUAGUCCAACCCCAUGCAAUGCAGGAAUCGGAGCUAAAAAGUCCUUGACAGAUGGCCGUCCAACCUCUGCUUAAAGACCUCCAAGGAAAGAGAGUCCAUCACCUUUUGAGGGACUCUUUUCCACUGUCAAACAGCUCUUGUUACCAGAAAGCUCUUCCUGAUGUUUAAUUGGAACCCCCUUUCUUGUAGCUUGAAGUCAUUGGUUCGAAUGCUGCAAGCUUGCUCCUUCUUCCAUGUGACAACCCUUCAGAUAUUUGGAGAUGGGUAUCCUAUCUCCUCUCAGUCUCCUCUUUUCAAGGCUAAACAUACCCAGUUCCUUCAACCAUUCUUCAUCAGGCGUAGUUUCCAGAACCUUGAUCAGGCAUAGGCAAACUCAGCCCUCCAGAUGUUUUGGGACUACAACUCCCAUGGUGCCCAGCUAACAGGACCAGUGGUCAGGGAUAAUAAUAAUAAUAAUAAUAAUUUAUUUAUAUCCCGCCCUCCCCAGCCAAAGCCGGGCUCAGAGCUGCUAACAACAAUAAAAGUAACACAGUUUACAUAAAACCACAAUCAAUUAAUUGAAAUACAUUCUAAAAUCAAUUCAUUCUAAAAUCAAUUCAGAAUCAAAUUCAAAUUAAUGGCAACCAUUGGGCUAGAGUUCUGAGGAUUACCAAAGAAGGGGGUCAGACUGUGCCUUGGCCAAAGGCCUGGUGGAACAGCUUUGUCUUGCAGGCCCUGCGGAAAGAGGUCAAAUCCUGCAGGGCCCUAGUCCCUUGUGACAGCAUUCCACCAGAUCGGGGCCACGGCCGAAAAAGCCCUGGCUCUGGUUGAGGCCAGCCUAACCUCCCUGUGGCCCGGGACCUCCAAGAUGUUUUUGUCCGUGGGACAUACCAGGAGAGGCGGUCCAGUAGGUACGAGGGUCCUAGGCCGUACAGGGCUUUAAAGGUCAAAACCAGCACCUUAAACCUGAUCCUGUAGUCCACCGGGAGCCAGUGCAGCUGGUAAAGCACCGGGUGAAUGUGAUCCUGCAGCAAGGACCCCGUAAGGAGUCUCACCGCGGCAUUCUGCACCCGCUGGAGUUUCUGGGUCAGUCCUAAGGGCAGCCCCACAUAGAGUAAGUUACAAUAAUCCAGUCUGGAGGUGACCAUCGCAUGGAUCAUAGUGGCUAGGAUGAUGGGAAUUGUAGUCCCAAAACAUCUGGAGGGCCGUGUUUGCCUAUGCCUGAGCUUGAUCACCUCAUUCGCCCUCCUCUGCACACUUGUCAACAUCCUUCGUAAAUUGUGGUGCCCGGAACUGAACACAGGACUCCAGGUGUUUGUCCGGCCAAGGCAGAACAGAGCGGAAGUACGGUAUUACUUACCUUGAUCUGGGCACCAGAUUUCUGCUGACGCAGCCUAAAGCAGCAUUAGCUUAUUUUGCUGUGGCAUCACACUGCUGCCUCUUAUCCUCCGGGCUCCUUCCCCUGCCCCAAGCAUGCAAUUAGGCAGAAGCCUGCCGGUUGCUCAACCUUUCUUUAAAUAGUAUUUAUUAGCUUGUGCCAGUCUUGCGUGAAGCUGUGGGGUUUGCAGCAGGUUGGGAAGGUGCUAAUUAUUUGCCCAGCCGCCAAGCAAGGUCACAAAGGGCCUUCAAGCCAAUCUGACAGGCGGAGGAAGGUAGGGGUGGAGUGAUGGUUUGCAGGCGCGCCAGCCAGACUUUUCUGGAGGAAUGUGCAUCUCUCAGGGGGUUGAGAUAAUGAAUGGGUGCGCAGCAGCAGGUUCUAUUUCUGGACCAGCAAGCACCAGCAGAGAAGGGCGUUUUGCUAAUAUUAAGUAAUACAGCAGUCUGCUUUCCUGGCACAGAACAUUGGGAGGGGCAGAGACCGGUCUGUGCCAACAACGCUGCUAUUAUUGUGGCACACCAGUCCAUCCAAGAGCCUCCCUCCCACCUCACCUUCAUCCACAGCCUCGGUGCCUUUUGUUUUUUUAUAUAUACAUUUUUAUUAAUUUUUUAACAUAUCAUUUCCACCAGUCAUUUAACAUACAUUUUUAUCUUAUACAAUUUUUUUAGACUCCCGUCAGCUACCUCUGAAGAUUUUCCAUACUUUAUCACUUAAUCUGCAUUUCUUAAUUUCUCUGUUACUUUUAAUUAUCCUUAACCAAUAUUCUCUUCAUAAUCUUCCUUGCAAUAUUUCGCAUAAUCCACCUUACAAAACUUCUUGCAGUCCUACUAGCGUAAUCUGUUUAUUACAAUUGCUUUGCAAAUAGUUCAAAUAUUUACUCCAGUCCUCUAAGAAUCUUUGGUCCCGCAGGUUUCAAAUCCUUCCUGUCAAAUUUGUCUAAUUCUGCAUAGUCCAUUCAUUUCAUUUACCACUCUUCUUUCGUCAGUAAUUCUUGUUUCCAUUUUUGUGCCAAUAAUAUUCUUGCUACCAGCCUCGGUGCCUUUUGAAUCCCCUGGGAAGUGUUUAGCAUUGCAGGACCCUGCCUUCUGAUUAGUAAUGUUAGUAUUCAUAGCCCGCUUUUCUCUCAAUUUGGGAUUCCAGGCAGUUUCCAACGUUUUAAAAACAGCCAUAUGAAAAUUUAAAAGCAAUGAAAACAGACUAGAUGAAUGCUGAAAGCAUACCAGAACAACUUCCAAACCAGCAACUAAAAUCCAGUUUGCCCUUUGUUGCCAAAGCCUGUCUGAACAUGAAGGUUGUGGAAGAAUAAGGGAUGCGGGUGGUGCUGUGGUCUAAACCACAGAGCCUAGGGUGUGCUGAUCAGAAGGUUGGUGGUUGGAAUCAUCACGACGGGGUGAGCUCCCGUUGCUCGGUCCCAGCUCCUGUCAACAUAGCAGUUCGAAAGCAUGUCAAGUGCAAGUAGAUAAAUAGGUACUGCUCUGGUGGGAAGGUAAACAGUGUGCACUGCUCUGGUUUUGCCAGAAGCGGCUUAGUCAUGCUGGCCACAAUACCCGGAAAAACUGUCUACGGACAAACGCCGGGUCCCUUGGCCAGUAAAGCGAGAUGAGCGCCACAACCCCAGAGUCGACUGCGACUGGACUUAACUGUCAGGGGUCCUUUACCUUUACCUUGCAGCCCACUAAGUGUUCCUAGGAUUGCAACUUAGAUUGACAGCGGUAUGCAGCAGAGCAAAGGCACGAAGGCCAGGCAUGUCCUGCCUUAGCAAAGGGGUGGCUGGGAAAGUGGCGGUUUCACUGGGCCAAUUGGCGUGCCUUUUCGGAGGAUACCAGCUUAUUUAUUUAUUUGUCGCAUUCCCACCCCACCUUUUUUUCUCUCCAAAGAACUCAAGGUGGCGUCCAUGGUUCUUCCCCUCCUUAUUUAAUCCCCACAACAACAACCCUGUGAGGUGGGUUAAGCCGAGAGAAAGCAGAGACUGGCCCAGACCCCAUGACCUUCCUUCAUGUCUGAGUGGAGAUUUGAACCCUGUCCAACACUCUCGUCUAACCACUACAAUAUACUGGCUCUCCAAAUUUUUGGCACUUGUGUGCCUGCCAUGGGCCUGGGCUCCUUUGGGAUAUACCUGUAAUAAUCAGAAUACGUGCAAACAGGAGACUUGCCUGCCCACUGCCUGGCCUUCUUCCUCUCUCACUCUCCCUCUUCCUCCUCCAACCUGGCCCAGACUUCCUUCUCUCCUCCUCACUUCCAGGUGAGAAUGUGGAGCGCAGCCUGCAGGAGAUGCUGGAGAGGCUGUUCCUCAGGAACGAAUUCCAGCACAGCAGCCUCCAUCUCCCGCUGCAAGAUGCAGGCUACGGCCAAUGUGGAUGCUGAGCUUGGGAGAGCUUCCUGCCACAGCAUUUUAGAGGAUGCUCCAGGUAGCCUUUGGUCUCAGGUAGCCUUUCUCCGUGCGUUUGCCGCAUAUCGGAUCGGGACAUUUGCCACUUCCUCAGAGAUGGCUGUGCUAUAGCAGGCGCCUGUGUCUGACCUGAAGAGUCUCUGUAGCAUAUUCUGCUGUGGCGCUGGUACCCUUGGCUGGAAGUCAUCUUGGUGGGCCAAUGAGAGCCUCCCUCGCUUCACCUCCAUCAAUGCUUCUCUUUGGAGACCUGUGGGCCAUUUCUUGCAGGGUGCCCAGCUGACGAACUGACCCCACUGUGGACACGCAACCAACUUUUGGGAACUGCGGCUUCUGAGCUAAUAUGGGAUCGGGGGGUUGUAUGUGUGAGGGUGCAACCUUUGGCCUUUUCCCACGUCCUGUCGGUGUUCCAAGCAAGGUAGUACAUCAUCCUUGCUAUCCUCCUCCCAUUCCACACUUUCUCUUCUUAAGAAGAGUCUGCAAGAUCAGGCCAAAUGGGGACCAGCUAGUCCAAUAACCUGUUCUCACAGUGGCCGACCAAAUGCCCAUUAUGGGAAGCCAGCAAGCAAAACCUGAGCACAAGGAUAUAAAUAAUAAAUUAUUAUUAUUAUUGUUAUUAUUAUUAUUAUGGCCCUCUCCCCUCUUGUGGUUUCUAGCAACUGGGAUUCAGAAGCAUGGCAGUGUCCAGCUAUUCCAUAACAAGAAUAAUACCGUAUUUUUCGCUCUAUUAGGCACACUUUUUCCCUCCUAAAAAGUAAGGGGAAAUGUGUGUGUGUGUCUUAUGGAGCGAAUGCAGGCUGCGCAGCUAUCGCUGGGAUUUAGAUUUUUUUUUCUUGUUUUCCUCCUCCGAAAACUAGGUGCGCUUUAUGGUCUGGUGUGUCUUAUAGAGCGAAAAAUACGGUAAAUAGCAGAUUUUUGUCCUUCCCAUCACUUGAGAGACAUGUCACUUCUGAGAUGCCCUUUCUUCCUAUGAAAGGGGCUGACACAAAUUCUGCUGAGGUUGUUGCUAUCAAAUUUAAGCUAGCAUCAUCAAUGAAUGCAAUGUUCUGCAGACUUCAGCUUGUGCAAUGGGACAUCCCCCUCAAAAUUGACUCUGGGGGAGUCAGUAUAAGCCCUGGAACAGCACGCACAGGGAUGGCUCUGUCUGGUGAGCUGAAAUGCUUGUGGAGGCAGAACGUUGAUCACAGCGUGACAUUGAAUCCCACCCUUUAAACCUGCAUUUCUGGCAUGUUGGAGACAGCAGAAUACUUAAGCAAUGACUUUGUGCUCCGUUUGAGGUAUGCAACAAUGACCUUCUGAGGAAGGAGGUACUUUGCAAUAGUAUGGCAUUAAGAGAGACAUUUUCCUCUUUUGUGGCCAGAGGAUGACUCAGCAGUCUCACUGAAAAUCCAAGUAAACAUGCUUAAAAUUAUUCUGGGAGGCCCCUAAUUGUCUUUGAUUUGCUACUUCUUAAAAGGCAAGGGCUCUGUGCCUUCGUGGCUGCCUGAUGACGGGGAGAAAUCAACAGCUGGAGAAAUCUCUCGGCUUGGAGAUAUCAGCUCUGAGGCAACAGCUUCCUCUGAUUUCUGCCUGCAAUGA